GCCUGCUGGGAAAAGCUGUGUUGUGUGUGCGUGUGCUGGGAGAUAUUGCUGAAAUAAAGAACAGGAAGAGAUAGUGGUGCCUUGUCGCUGUGUAGCAAGUUCCUCUCUUUUCCCCCCGCUGAACGUCCCUCUCAUGGGUAAAGUGAAGGGCAAACUUGGGCCCUUGGCUCGGAGGCCAGACAAUUCUGCCUUCAAACAGCAGAGGCUACCGGCCUGGUCUCCCAUGUUGACCGCUAACACUGUGCUGCCUUUCUUCUACAUUAUGGCUUUGAUAUGUUUGCUGCUGGGAGUGUGGCUGCUUCUCACAGUUCAGAGCACACGGGAAAUAAAGCUGGACUACACUGUUGGGCCUUGUGAGAAAUGUUAUAACAAGCGUAAAAAUGUCACCAGCGCGGCAGAGGACUGCAAAUGCACAGUGGAGUUUACCAUUGAGAAACGGUUCAAGGGAGACGUCUUUUUUUAUUAUGGCCUCAAAAACUUUCAUCAGAACCUCCGCAGAUACAUGGACUCCAGGGACGAUGGGCAGAUGGUCGGCAGGAAGUACAACUUAAAGAACCCCAGUUCAUACUGCAAGCCAUUUGAACGUGACCAGAGUGGACUCCCCAUUGCUCCCUGUGGUGCUGUGGCCAACAGUAUCUUCAAUGACUCCUUCACUCUGAUGUAUCAUGGACCCAGCAGUACUCCAGUUAAGGUUCCGCUGUUGCGUAGAGGCAUCACCUGGUACACCGACAAAAAUGUCAAGUUCCGCAACCCCAAGAUGAACAGCUCCAUGAAUCUAGCUCAAGUGUUUGAAGGCACUGCAAAGCCACUGUACUGGAAGAAGCCGGUGUAUGACCUUGAUCCCUUGGACCAAAACAACAACGGCUUCAUAUAUGAUGAUCUGAUCAUAUGGAUGAGGGAGGCGGCCUUCCCCAACUUCAAGAAGCUCUAUGGAGUUUUACACCGCGCUGAAAAGCCCUUUACUGGGGGGCUUCCAGCAGGGAAUUACAGCAUCGACAUAUUCUACAACUUCCCUGUGCAGCCUUUCCAAGGCAGGAAGGAAAUAGUGCUGACCACACUGACCUGGUUUGGAGGUCAGAACCAUUUCCUGCCCAUCGCUUACUUGGUGACCAGCAGUCUCAUCCUAUUGAUCGCAAUCGCCCUCACGGUGGUGUGGUGCAAGUUUGGAAAGAACGGAAAGAACAUGGAGGAAUGACGGGCGGACAGUAAACACUUUGAAGCAGCAGAUUUAGAACUGCUUUAAAUGACAGAGCAGGAAAAACAAAUUGGUCAAACAAGACCAUGACAACAUAUGCAGUAAAACCAAUGAAGAGGUAUGUUUGACAACUUAAUGAUCCACAUAUUUGACCAACUGUGUUGAAGCUUUUCGUACUUUUUGAUUUUGUGAAGGCAUUUCUUAACGCGCACCAUAUUGUUCCUGUACAGUUAAUAUUUAUAAACUCAGUCAGUGUGGCAUAGAGGCUGAAUCUCAUGUCUCAGUGAAUGUACAGAAAAUAAGUGAUCACGUAGAAUACUGAUGGUCAUCAGCUAACCGAUAUAAACUCACCCUUCCAUCAUCUCUUCAGACUACUGUUUCUAAAUUAAUGUUAUGUGUGAAUAUAGUAGGUGCUUAUAAUGCUACUAUUAUAGUACCCACAGCGAUGUUAGCAUUUCUCUGCCGACACAUUUAGCGAUUUUGAGCUAAAUGUGGCCAAUGCAGUCUUACUGUACAAUCUUAGUUUAGCAUGUUAGCAAUUGUUUAUUACCUGAUUAGCAAAUAGAGCUUGCAGGAAUUGUUAAAUUGUCAGAUAUUUUAUGUUGCAGACCUAAUAUUGUCAUCUAAUUGAAAUGUUUCCUUGCUACGGUUUAAAUGUGGUCAUUUAUUGUAUGCUGUAAUUGUAUAUUCAGUGAUAUUAUGAUAGGGCCAGUGUAUAGAACCUAAUGGAGGAAUAUCAAUGGAAAUGAAAUACAAUAUUUAUUUAUCUUUAAUCGCCUAAAAAUAAAGAAUUAAUUUGGAAUAAGUCCUUUAUGUCACACCUUUUCCAAGUCCACCAUGUUUGAUUGCAAAUGAUAUGCAACUUUACCUGUAGAUGCCACCAAAUCCUGUACGACUGUAUUUUUCUUGCCUUUUACUUAAAAGUUAAUCAUAUCUCCUGGCUAGUUUACAUGAUCAACAUAGAACCAGGUGUUACAGACGUAGUGUGAUUUAUAUUGUAAUUUGGGUCAGACAAGAUUUGUAAACCCAGCUUGAAGUGAAUAUGUAAAAACAACACACACAGACAUUGAGCACUUUAGGGACUCACAAUCUGAUAUCGGUCCGAUAUCAGCCAAAAAACGAAUAUUAUCGGAUUAUAUCGGGCUGCCUAUUAAAUCUCCGAAGCGCUCCGAUACAAGCAGUCCAUUCGCUCCAGCACUUCUAUCCAGCAGCCCGCGUUGUGAUCACGUGGGCUCGGAUGUUUGGAUGCAUGUAGAGCCCACAUGCAUGUGUGUGCUACUGCUAUUUCAGAGGUUAAACAUUUUUAUUUAACCUCUGAAAUCAGAGGCUACGAAGCCGCACGGCGAGUGCGAGCUAGCCGUUAGCACCACGCUAGCUCAUCCUGAGGCGAGCUGCAAAAACAUUGUUUAAUAAACCAGCGCCACCUGUCGACUUUCAAUAGCCUCCGUUUGCUAAUUAUACCCUAAAAAAUAGCCAUGACAAGAGCGUUCUGUGUUUUAAAUGUGUCCUGAAUCUCCACACACGGAGAUAAGUACGUCUCCGGCGGGCCGGGUUUACCAUGGGUUUACCUGCGGGAGGAGUCACUCACCCUGAGUGGGUUGGGCUAAUCCCAAAUAGUGAAAACAAGGGGGGUGUUCUCUGAAGACACGCUGUUACCUGUGAAACACGGGUGCUCUGAAAACCAUGAAAUUUAAUAUUGGCAAAAAAAUCUUAUAUUCUUAUGUUGAAGGUUAAAAUGUAUGUAACCCAUUGGUUAAUAAUAAAUGGGUCAGUUUUUCCUCA